UCAUAGAGAAAAGAACACUACUGCCUAGAUUGCGAAGUUUAGAAAGCAAAAUUUAACAAAAAAAUCCCGUUAUUUCUGUUUUUACCGUUGUAUUUGCUAUAUUUUUAAGCGUCUACAAUAUCAGUGAUCAAGUGCUAUCGAUUUCGACCCUCGCUGUUGUUAUUUCCAUUCAAUAAUGUUAAAUAUAUUGGAGUUGAUAUUCCUCAGCUUAGCUUUUCUCGUUACUUUUACCGGAUUUCUUAUUAAUCAUUUCGAAAGAUAUGUCCCGGAGAUCAUUAUUCAGGGCUAUAAGUAUGGUAGCUUUGCCCAUCGGGGUUCAAACGCCAAUUACCUCAGUGCUAUUGAAAUUCCAAAGUCGUACUAUCGACAUUUCUAUGUGUUUUCCUCGUUGUUCAGUUCCACGAUGCUGUUCUAUAUGUAUUUAGCCUAUUUCCGUGACUACUCUGUUCACCCCUAUGUGCCUGCAGUAUUCAAAUUCUUUCUGGAGAAGGACAAAACAGCUGUAACUGGUCUAGGGGCGUUUGUCUCACUGAGUCUACUGACGCUGCAGAGCUGGCGGAGGCUGUAUGAGACAUACUACCUGCAGGUGUUCGCCAAGUCUAGCAAAAUGAACCUCAGCCACUACAUCGCUGGCCUUGUUCACUACUUUGGUUGUGUCAUCGCUAUUGUUGGUCAAGCUCCCCUAUUUUGCGUGGAGGGACAACACAUGGUUUGGACCAACAUGCGUACCUCAUCUCUUUACAUACCCCUGUCGAUGAUCUUCAUCCUGGCGUGGUACGAGCAGUAUUCGGCAAACGUCAUAUUUGCUAACCUGAGGAAGGAUGGAAGAACUGGGAGAUUGGUGACGGAAGAGCACCGAAUCCCAAUGGGGGGAAAGUUUGUCUAUGUCUCCAGCCCGCACCGCUUGGCCGAACUCGUCAUGUACACAGUUGUGUUCUGUCUGGUACCCACAACCACUUUCUUCUGCAUCUACCUGUGGGUUGUGAGCAACCAGAUCCAAACUGCAAUUCAAGCUCAUGAAUGGUACAAGAAGACCUUCAAUAACUAUCCAAAGAACAGGUAUGCCAUUAUUCCAUGGGUUAUAUAAAAUUAUUGAUGAAUUGGAUUAUCUGAUAAGCUGAUUUCGGCAAUUUAGUAAGACUGUAGAUAACUAUUAGGUACAUCUCUAA